CCCAAAUCGUCUCCAUCAACCUGCACUGCAUGUUCUCGGUGCUGUGGCAGUUGAGCAGGAGGGAUCCGGAGCUCUGCGUGCAGGCGAUGACCUCCUUGCUGUCGAUGCUGCAAUGCCUGCCCCCAGAAUCGCUCGUCAACGAGCCAAAAUCGGCCAUUCGGGACAUGCACGAGACGUUGAAGCGGUUGCGGAUUGAUGGCUCCUCCUGCGUUUCCGGUCUUGCCUCAGCCUGCCUCACCGCUCUCGCCACAGCCUCCGCUUCACCCGAAUUCCUCUUCUCAACGGCGGCCACGUUUUUGUGCGAUAACAUCACUGGGAAUCUGAGCACCUCCAACGACGUGGACCACGUCCAAAUCCCCGAAAAUCAUCACCGCCUCGCCCUCUACGUGCAGAACCGGGUCUUCCACGGUACCGAACCAGGGUUGGAUUGGUGUCUCCUGCCCCUUUCGGACUUCUUGUGCAUCUCCGGCUUCGAUAUGUCGACGCUGCCGAUCGACUGCUCGCCGUCAACCCCGGAUGAGGAUCGGAGGCUUUAUUCGGCGAUUGCCAGUGAUGGCGCUCACGUCUAUGUCCUCACGUACCUCGGCCUCUUCAAGAUGGGCACCGGGCUGGCGGAGACGGUCGUCGGCAAACUUUACACCUCGAAUACGAUGAUGAGAGCGAGACGGGGCCAGUCCAGCCGUGUCUGGGUCAUCGACGCCUACACGUUACGAGAAAUCGGCGAGAUCAUCCUCCCCCCAGCCACCACCCAGUCAGCGAUCUUCAGCGACGGGGACGACUUCUACCAGGCCACCGUGGACCAGCACUCAUCUUUGGUGGUGACUGUCCUGAACGACAGCUUUGUCGCCUCCCAGGAGUCGAAGCUCAAGCAGAAAUAUCGAUUGACCGAGGUGUCCUACAGCUCGUUUGGUGAGAUUCAGCCGAUUCCGCACACGCUGCCGAAUACGCUACCUUCAACGUUACAGAGCCAAGCCGUCGACCUGCACAUGGGCGGGGAGUGCGCCUUCUUGCUGGCCCGCAGCGGCAAGGUGUUCUACAGUGGAAAUGGGGCCCGGCUCGGGUUGCAGGAAACCGGAACCACGUGGAUGGAGCUGGUGUUGCCGGAGCCGAUCGUACAGCUUUGUGUAGCAACUGAGAUGGUGCUCUUCCGCUCUGGCAGCGGCCACAUCUGGAUGGCGGGCGGCGAGCAUGGCCGGAAUCGGCAGGGGAAGCUGCCAACGGGAGCCACGUACGCGUACGUGACGGAAAACGGGAGGGCCUAUCUGCAGGGUCGGCAUGGUCUGAAGACACACCCGGAAACCGGGCUAAUUUGCGGCCUCGAAGGAGUCCAUCUCGUCUCCAUAGCGCUUGGCAAGACGCACGCCGUCGGGGUGACGAAGCACGGCUAUCUCCUCACGAUGGGCCUCAACAAUUUGCAUCAAUGCGGAAGAGUAGAGACGACAUCUACAAAUUGUUCGCCCUAUUCCACGCCCAGGCAGGCGGCCAUAGAGCAAGCGCGGAAGAAGGGAGAUCCGGGACCAGAUCCUGGCCCUUCAUCUGACCCCGCACCUAGCUAUUGUGCCCCGAACCAGCACCUCUUUGUCAAGGACGUCGCCAGUGUCUGCGUUCAAUGCGGCCAAUGCUCAGCCAGAGGCCCUCAUUGCCCAAGGGCCCAGACGGCUCGCCCGAGCGAUCUCUGCCCCUGCGGCCCCGGAGAGACAGCGUGCUUACGUUGCGGCCUGUGUCGACUGUGCGGAGAAGCGGAAGCUGGACCCGUGGAUGAGGCCCUGGCGGCGGAGGGCGACGCGGAGCUGCUCGGGACGCCGCAAAAGACCCUGCUGGCCCCGGCGAGGAUCCAGCUAUCGAAGGGGGCCGUAGAGACCAAGGUAGCCAUGGUGGCCUGCGGAAAUUUUCACACAAUCGUCCUGGGCGCUGAUCGAUCAGUCUACACCUUUGGAUCGAACUGCCACGGCCAGCUGGGGGUCGGUGACACGAAGAAGCACGUCUCCCCUCAGAAGCUCGAUCUGCCGGCCGGAGUCCAAAUCGUGCAGAUCGCCGCCGGGGCCAACCACUGCGCGCUGCGGACCAGUGAGGGCCAAGUUUGGACGUUUGGCGCCCAUCGACACGGACAGUUGGCAAGAGAUCCUGAAGACGCUCAUUGGCACUGCCGACCGAUAGCCGUCCCCGGAUUUGGCGCCCAAUUUGGGCUGUUCGCCACGUGGGUCGGCUGCGUGGGAGACGUCACGCUAAUUCACUCGGCUAGGUCGCUCUUUACGCAAGAAAACAUUCAGGAUGCGCAGAUUGUGGCCAAUAAGAAUUGCCUCUUUGUGUUUCCGCGCGAGGCCGGGAAGGACUACGUGGUGGUACGUCGGAAACAGCACACGUUUACGCAUCAUCAGCUGGGGCCGACAGGGCUGUAUACGUCCUGGUGCAUCGACCACGACCACAACGUCAUCUGGUCGUACUCGGCAGCCGAGAUGCGCGUCCAGGGCGUGACCGAGGCGCGCGGGCUGACGGCAAGCCAAUCCUACGGCAAGGAGCAGAAUCCGUUGAACCUGCUGCGAAGCCCGGAGUUCUUCAUCCCCGCCGAGUUCGAGGCCCGCCUCAGUACAAAUCAGCUUCAUGAGGGCUACUCGGUGGUCAAUCGUUUCGAGGCCAAUGGCGGAGGAUGGGGAUAUAGCGCUCACUCCGUCGAAGCGAUCCAGUUCCAAGUGAAUCGCCCCAUCCGGCUGAUCGGCGUCGGGUUGUACGGUGGCCGCGGCGAGUACAUUGCAAAGAUCCGCAUCCACCGGCUGAUCGGCGGCGAUAUGGACGAGUUGAUGGUGGAGGAGGUGACCGAGACGGACGAGACGCUGUUUGAGUGCGGAGCGAGGCAGACAGCCGCUUUGAUGCUCACUCGACCGGUCAGCAUCCAGGCCGGCCAGUGGUACGCCGUGUCGGCAAAGAUCAGCGGUCCGUCAUCUGAUUGCGGAGCUAACGGCCGAGCGGUCGUCGAAAGCGAGGACGUCUCCUUCCACUUCCGGAACUCCAUCCUCUCCAAUAACGGGACCGACGUGACUGUUGGCCAAGUGCCUGAGCUCUUCUACCAGGUCGAAAAAUCUAACGCUGAGGUGUACGAGGAUCUCUCGAAAGAUCUGGACGGCCGGGGAUUUUCUGACUUUUCCGCGCUGCUCCGCUCGAAGACGCUGCUCACCCCGACGCCAGAGGUGUUCAACUCUUUGCUGCGGAUCUUUGACUGGGCCGUGACAAGAGCUUUCGAGCAACACCUCGACCUCCCCUACGAAGACCAGCGAUGGCUGAGCGAACGUGCCGUUUCGAUCGGCAUCUUGGCGCUGAAGAUGAUCAAAUUUUACCUGAAAAUGCUCUAUCCCUCGAAUGGGGCUGCCGAGGAGCCGGGGAUGGAGUUUGCGGAGAGCGUCCUGAAAAUAUCUCUCGUCUUCAACACGUUGUUCGAGUUGGCCUCAAAUCAAAUUAAGGAGCCGAAGCUAAGCCGUUUCCGGGUGCCCGAGCUUGCCCAGGAGCUGGUGGUAAAGAUCGCGACCGAGCUGGUCACGCCCGACUUGCAGGGAUACGUGCAGCCGACGUUGCUGCAGACGCCGUCGAGGUUCCGCCGCAAUUCCCCGCACGCCAACUGGGAUCUCACUUCUGGAGCUCCGGACGCCAUUUGCUUCCGGACGGACAUAUCCGGGCUGACCCUGCAUGGUGUCGGGAUUUACACCGGAAACCCGGCGGAGAUGACCAUGACGAUGGAGCUGCUCGAACAGACCUGCAGGCCCGGGGAAUCGGAGUGGGAUAGGCUGGAGAUGGUGACGAUCCUCGUUCCCGCCACCGAGGAGGGCAAGGAGACGUUCAUUGCAAACGGUACCGUCUACGCCAUCAAACUAUCGACGCAGAACGGGACGAAGACGUUUUGCGGCGAGGGAGGCCUGAACUUUGUGCGGCUGUCGAACGGGGCCCGGCUGGUGUUCAACAACAGCGCCAUGAGCGAGAACGGGACGUCGAUGACGCGCGGCCAGAUCCCGUACCUCGUCUACACGCUCAGCGACGCUCUGAAGCCGCAGCUUGACACGAAGAGCGAGAGGGAUCAGGCGAUC